UGGCACCCCAAUCGCAAUUUUCCAAAUCUUGACAUUUCUGUCAUGCCUUCUCUCUUUCGCCAUUUGUCAAGUUUCCGGUAACAAUGGUUGACGCCGCAGCUAAACCCGCAGCAGCCCCUGCAAAGGCACCAAAACCAGCACCAGCAAAAGCUGAAAAGGUCGCUGAUAAAAAUGAAAAACAUGUUCGUUCCCUAAAGCGACAUGGACGUCUUUUUGCCAAAGCUGUCUUCACUGGAUACAAACGUGGUUUGAGGAAUCAACACGAAAACCAGUCAAUCCUCAAGAUUGAAGGAUGCCGUAGGAAGGAACACGGUAAAUUCUACGUUGGCAAACGUUGUGUUUAUGUAUACAAAGCACAGACCAGGAAGUGCGUACCACAGCACCCUGAAAGGAAGACCAGGUUGCGCGCUAUUUGGGGCAAGGUUACCCGACUACACGGUAACACCGGCUCCGUUCGUGCCCGCUUCAACAGAAAUCUUCCUGGUCACGCUAUGGGACACCGUAUCCGCAUUAUGUUGUACCCUUCAAGGAUUUAAGUUGUUGUAAUUUAAACUUAAAAAAACACAUUUUAUAAAUAAAACUUAAACUAAAAGCCUGAAAUAAAUCUUUUAAUUGAG